UCAUGACCGUUUGUUUCUCUGUUUCUAAAAAUCCCUUUUUUCAAAAUCUCUUCUCAGUAGUUACUUCUCUCAUCAUAGCAUGGCUUCCUAAGCAAUCUCACUCUUCUUUAGCACCAAAGUCACUUUACGCAACACAGUUCAUUAAUCAAUCAUGAGGUGCUUUCUACCAUGUUUUCGCACUUCUAAACGUCGUAACCAAUUGCGUUCUAAGGAUGCAACUCUCACACAAUUGUCACAGACCCAUGUGGGGGAAGGAGCUGUUGAACCUCUUGCACGGCAGAAGACUGCUGUUGAAGAACUCAUUGAUUGCAUAGCAGAAUCAAAAAUAAGAAAUGAAGAGCAAUCAAAUAAUAACAGUGUUGAAACCAAGGAAGCACCUCAGAUAGAUGAGAAAAGGAAUGACCGUGAAAGAGAUGAUGAGAUCAGUGAAAGAUUGCAUCAGGAAGAGUCAUCGGAGUCACUGUUCUCUCUGUCUGUUUGUUCAAGAAAAAAAGUUUCAGAUGCCGAAGCAGUCGAGCCUGAAGUUAAUAGUCCGAUGCAAUUAUGCACAAGAGAGGUACCUGAAGCAUUUGGGUCAUCCCCAAAUGCGCCACUUCAAAAUAUUUCGUCCGUUCUGAGUCCAGUUGAAGAAUUUACCCAUGAAAAUCCAUCCAAGGAGAAGGACGAUAAGGAAGGAGAAAAAGGGAAAGUGACUCACCCUGUUCUACAGUAUAGGUAUAGAGAUUGCCCAGAUGACGAAUACGACGACGUUAAUUUAGAUACAAGUGAAUUUGAUUCUACGCUAGAAAAUGACGAUCCUCAGAGUGAGAAGAGAAAAAGGGGGAAAGAAGGCGCUGUUGUUAAACGAACAUGGGUUCAAGAAGAGUCUUCGGAAUCUCUGUUUUCUCUGUCUGCUGAUUCUAGAAUACGAAUUUCAUCAGUAGAAGCAGAGAAUGAAGUGGACAGUCUAGUGUCAGCGAACAUCACACAAAAAGAAGCACAAGGGAGGAUUCCAGAUGUUUGCUCAUUGCUGAAUCCAAUGGAGAGGGUAGUGAAAGCAAGAGAGGUGCAUCCACUGAAGAUCGAUAAAGAAAACAUAAACUUGGUAGUGCAAGAUGGUAACAUACCCGUUAGUUCAGAGCCUGCUUUGAAGCUGUCAAACCGCAAGGGUAGGCAAUUCAGUGACAGCAAAAGAAGGGAAGAAAUUGGGGUAGAGACCAGCCUCUCUAGCUGGUUGGUUGAAUCGGAAAGCACGCCUAUUUCCAUUAAUAGUAACAGUUGUGUGGGAGAACAUACACCAAAAGGAAGAAGAGGUUCACCGUGGAGUCACGAGGAUAGGCCAAUUUUGGGAGCCUUAACAGUUGAAGAGAUCAGGAUGUAUUCUUUAUCUGCAUCUUCAAGAAGGUCUAGAAGCCGGAGUCCCGACGAGACACCCAUCAUAGGUACUGUUGGAAGCUACUGGACUCACACAGAACAGAGCAUGGAUUUGCAGUUCAACAAAAAAGGAAAGGAUGUAACACCAAAGAGGAGUACAACGGCAUUACAAACAAGACUAGAAGGUGCAUUUGAUGCUAGUGUAUCAAUGGGUUCAACGGCGUGAUUUUUGUUUUAGCCCUGGAAGAAUAUUAAUGAGAAAAGCGUAGACCAUUUUUUUUUUCUGAAGUA